CGGUUGAUCUUGAGGAUUAUAUCCCUUUCUCUAGCAUUAAGAUUAUUCACAUAGAAGCUUUGUUUCCUUUUCUUAUUAUAAUGCAUAAUUAAAAAGAAAAGUUGUUAACCAUGUGAAAAGCAUAAUUAAAAGAAAAAAGAAAAUCAUGGUUUUUAUUUUUUUCAUUAAAAGAAAAAGUAAAAGAAAUUAGAAUCUUAGAGGGUGAUGGAAAUGGUAUUACACGCGCUUUACAGCUAGCUAGUAACGCAAACACUCACAGAUCCUCUCAUUCUCGAUCGAGUAUUUAAUUAUCGCAGGUUUCACAAACAGCUCAACGAGAUUUCGUCCUAAGGCUGUGCAUAUUCUUGAAUCGUGGAGCUCAACGGUGGCCGAGGUUGAUCGCAGAUAGAUGGCCUUGGUUACAACUGCUGAAGUUUGUGAUGCAAACUCGCAACUAAUUGCGAGUGGCGACCUCCGUGCGCUGCAGCCAAUUUUUCAGAUUUAUGGCCGGCGACAGGUCUUUUCUGGACAAAUUGUGACCAUUAAGGUGUUCGAAGACAAUGUUUAUAUUCGUGAGUUGCUUGAGGAAAAAGGCAAUGGCAGAGUCCUUGUUGUUGAUGGUGGUGGAAGCUUGCGGUGUGCAAUAUUGGGUGGCAAUCCUGUAGUUCAAGCUCAGAACAAUGGAUGGGCGGGGAUUGUAGUAAAUGGCUGUAUAAGAGACGUUGAUGAAAUCAACGGAUGUGAUAUUGGGGUCAGAGCACUAGCGUCUCAUCCAAUGAAAGCUAACAAGAAAAGGACUGGAGAGAAACAUGUUCCGAUAACCAUUGCUGGGACGAGGAUCCGCGAUGGGGAAUGGCUGUAUGCAGACACUGAUGGAAUUUUGGUUGCUCCUAAUGAAUUAUCUGUCUAAAUUAUUGAAAUAGAUGAGUUUUUCAAACAUCAUAAUGUUGCAAAUUUGUUUUCAAGUAAUGCUUUCUUGGCCUACUUCAUGUUCACGGGUUCUUAGAUCAAACCUAAUAUAACAUCUGUAUUAGCUUGAAUCCCUUAUAAUAAAAAUAUGUUCUUUUGAUACCC